GCUUCUGUCCGCGUUUCUCCGGGCUUAGUAGCGUUUUUCUCCUAGGGUUGUGGUUCGCGCGUUGGAGCUGCUGCCGCCGCGGCCGGCUUCACGCCAUUCCCUGCCCCUCGGCCCCCGGAGUGAGUCCGGCCUCCCCGCGAGGCUGCUGCUGCUGCUAAAGAAGGGAAAAUGCCGAAAAAAAAGACUGGUGCAAGGAAGAAGGCAGAGAACCGCCGGGAACGGGAAAAACAACUAAGAGCAUCAAGAAGCACCAUAGAUUUAGCUAAACAUCCAUGCAAUGCGUCAAUGGAAUGUGACAAGUGUCAGAGGCGGCAGAAGAAUAGAGCAUUUUGCUACUUUUGUAAUUCUGUACAGAAGUUACCAAUUUGUGCACAGUGUGGGAAAACAAAGUGCAUGAUGAAGUCUUCAGACUGUGUCGUAAAGCAUGCUGGUGUCUACAGUACUGGCCUUGCCAUGGUGGGUGCAAUAUGUGACUUCUGUGAAGCUUGGGUCUGUCAUGGUAGGAAGUGUCUCAGUACACAUGCCUGUGCCUGCCCGCUUACCGAUGCUGAGUGUGUGGAAUGUGAACGGGGUGUGUGGGACCACGGAGGCAGAAUUUUCAGUUGUUCUUUUUGCCAUAACUUUCUCUGUGAAGAUGAUCAGUUUGAACAUCAAGCCAGCUGCCAGGUUUUAGAAGCGGAAACAUUUAAAUGUGUUUCAUGCAAUCGGCUUGGUCAGCAUUCCUGUCUCCGUUGUAAGGCUUGUUUCUGUGAUGAUCAUACAAGGAGCAAGGUGUUUAAACAAGAAAAAGGAAAACAGCCUCCCUGCCCUAAAUGUGGACAUGAAACUCAGGAAACUAAGGAUCUUAGCAUGUCAACACGUUCCCUGAAAUUUGGCAGGCAAACUGGAGGUGAAGAGGGAGAUGGAGCUUGUGGGUAUGAUGCCUAUUGGAAGAACCUUGCAUCUGAUAAGUAUGCUGGUGCUGGCUGCCAUGAUGAGGAGGAAGAUGAGUACGAAGCAGAGGAUGAUGAAGAGGAAGAAGAUGAAGGUGGAAAAGAUUCAGAUGCUGAGUCAUCAGAUUUGUUUACUAAUUUGAAUUUAGGAAGGACCUAUGCCAGUGGCUACGCUCACUAUGAGGAACAAGAGAACUAGGAGAGCUGCUUGCCCUUUGAUGACCUUGUCUUAGGAGCUGGGAUCUGUGUGCUUGAUGAAUCAUGUGUGAAUGUUCAAAAGUAUUCUACAUACUGUUACUUAGCCUUGUGCAGAGACUAGUCACAUUUAUUGGGACAAGGAGUAGGGCAUAGCAUUUUAAUAGGAACUGAUAAUCAGGCUUCUAACAUAAGAAAAAUGAAUUUCAAGUGUAAUAUGAUCGAUCUAAGCAAUUGAAGCAUCAUGGAUUGGAUUUUUACUGAUUUCUGUAAUCUAGUAGGUUUGCCAAUUAAAUACAUAUAUAGGAUAAAGGAAUAGGAUGAUAAUAUAUUUGUUUGAAAUGAAAUUGCUGUUUUUAUUAAAAAACUGUGCUUAUAAAAUCUUUUUGUCUGA